AGAAUUCGGUGUACAAACUUCACCGGUGUUGGCGGAGUGAAGAUGUGUUUGUUCAGGGAGUAAGGCGCUUGGCUCUGCAGGUGUUUAGACCUGUGGUCCACUUUAUAUAAGUUAGAAAUUUCAUAUUUCCACUUCUUUUUCCUCAGAAAGGAAACUUUGUUAACAUUUUCAUUCCCAUACAGAUUUGGGCAAUAUUUUUUUUUUUCACGGACUCCUGGGAGGUAGGACUCAUUAAAGCGUCAGCUUUGGUUGCCUUGAAUGACACCAACACCACCAAGAAUUACUAUCAAGAAAACGUUUAACUGUCAGUGGACACAAACUCUAAGAAGGAAAAGAAAAACGUGUAUAGGAUGGACGGAAAGCGGAAAGCAGAAUACUUAACCGUGGCUGUCCAGGCCAAGAAACCUAGACAUGAAAUGGUCAUACACUCCGGAGAUAAAGGGAGUCUCGUUCAAAGUGGACCUCCAAGAACUAGUGGACUUAUGUCUCCCAUCAUGCAGCUUUCUGGCCACCAGGGAGACAUUUUGUGUGGUAAAUUCCAUCCUGAAGGAGAGGUUGUUGCUACUGCUGGCAUGGACAGGCAAAUACUUUUUUGGAAUGUGUAUGGAGACUGUGAUAAUUUUGGAAUGCUGACGGGCCACACAAAUGCCAUCACAGAUAUGCAUUUCUCUACUGAUGGAACAGUUCUGUACACAGCAUCAGCAGACAAAACAGUCAUGUGCUGGGAUACUACUAGUGGCACACGAGUUAAGAAGCUGAAAGGACACAGCAGUUUUGUUAAUUGUGUGCAUAGUGCACGACGUGGUCCAAGUCUUGUUGUGAGUGGUGGAGAUGACUGUACUGUCUUAAUCUGGGAUGUGCGAAAAAAACGACCUGCUACAACACUUCAGAACACAUUCCAGGUAACAGCUGUGACUUUCAAUGACACAUCAGAGCAAGUCAUCUCUGGAGGUAUUGAUAAUGAUAUGAAGGUGUGGGAUUUGCGGAAAAAUGGUUUGCUAUACCGGAUGCGUGGACAUAAUGAUACUGUGACUGGGCUCAGUCUUUCUCCAGAUGGCUCUUAUGUUCUUUCUAAUGCCAUGGACAAUACUGUCAGAAUAUGGGAUGUACGGCCAUUUGCUCCACAGGAACGCUGUGUCAAGAUCUUUCAAGGGCACCAGCACAACUUUGAAAAUAUCUUACUACGCUGUUCUUGGUCACCUGAUGGACGUCGUGUGGCAGCUGGAUCCUCUGAUCGCCAUGCUUACAUAUGGGAUACCACUACCAGGCAUAUACUUUACAAGCUACCAGGACACAAUGGAUCAGUUAAUACUGUCGAAUUUCAUCCCAAAGAACCAAUAAUUAUGUCUGUAUCAAAUGACAAACAGAUCUUCAUAGGAGAAAUUGAAUAGAACUAGACUUACAAUGUCUUGUAUGUCAAGAUUUGGGUACACCGAGUAAACAGUGUUAGUGAGUAAGAGGUUGAGAAACUGAAGGUCCUAUUUCUUAGUUAAAGAGGAGAGGGUGAGAAGCACCCUAUUAUUUGAUAACUGUGUGUGUACAUUUUGAUAUUAUGAAAACUAAUGAAAUUACAAUACAAAAACGUUUGUUAAAAAUAAUGUUUGUUAUUGUAGCUAAAAUACUAAAUUUUCAUAGAAAG